UACGACAAAAUUAGGUCACGUACUGUAUAGUGACCGUAUACACACUCCCACCAGUAAAGAACAAGGUCCAAAACAAAUAUAUUUUCCUGUAAUGGAGUUACGCACAGUCGUCGAAGCGGGUGGAGAGGAGGUCACAUACAAAUACUACGAUGGUGUUCAUUUCCCCGUCUAUGUUCCUGGAGAUUGCAAGGACCGGGUUGACAGUGUCCUUGAUAUGAAAUACAAAGAUGGUGAUGUCUUGAUAGCGUCUUAUCCUAAAGCGGGGACCCACUGGAUGUAUGAUAUUUUGCAUAUGCUUAUAAACGGAAAAAAUAAUUUUGAAGAAAUAUUUCGAAUUCUGGAUUUCGAAGCAAUGGAAUCAAUUGAUAUGGCAAAGACGCCAAGACAUUUUGCAACGCAUUUCUAUCCUAAACAUCUACCAAAGGAAUUCCUGAAGAACAAGGGAAAGUUGGUGUAUGUGUACAGAAACCCAAAGGACUCGGCCGUCUCCUUCUAUACCUGCGUAAAAAGGCUAAACGCGCCGAAAGCGAAGAACUACAAUGGAAAAUGGGAGGAUUUUAUCGAAAACUAUUCGAAGGGGAAGGCUGUAUACAACUCUUGGUUUGAACAUGCCAAGGCUUGGCAGAAAUUCAUGAUGGACAAUCCGGACUACCCUGUUUUUGUUAUCUCUUUUGAGGAAAUGAAAAAGGACCUCCGUAGCAGUAUAGGGAGACUUGCGGAUUUUAUAGGAGUGGAACAUGAAUCGACCUUUUUGGAUGAAGUGACGCGUAGAUGCGAAUUUAUCUCCGUCAUUCAGGAAAAGACAAACAUGAGUGACAAGAUGAAGGAUAUUUCAAGGGAUGGCAAAAAUCCAUUUUACAGAAAAGGCGAGGUUGGUGAUUGGAGGAACUGGUUUACUGUAGCACAGAAUGAACUGUUUGACAAAAGACAUGAGAAUGAUGUCUCUGCAAUAGAUUUACCCGUACGGUACACAUUAUGAGAUUCUGGUAAAUGGAACAAAAUCGAACGCGUGUCAAUAUAAAAAGAAAUAUUGACUUAAGCAAUUCCCCUUUUCACUUAAUCGAUAUUUUUAUACUUGCCGUCUUAUAUUACUGCGACCAGCUCGUCCUUCAAAAAGUCCUCACUCAACAAAUUGUCAAAUGUAUCAUUUGGAAGUUUGUUUAUUUAAUUACUUUAAGCAAAACACGUAUAGUAACAUAUACACACAACUAAUUAGAAAAUUAAACUACCGCAAUAAUUUCCAGGUAUACAGUAUGCUUACAUGCAUUGUAACAGGACGUGCAUGUACCUGUCAUCUUACAUUACCUUUAAACGAUACCAGCAGUUCAUAUACUACCUACUUGUAGUAAACAUUUUAACGUAAAAUGAACGUAACAUACAAACAGGUGAUUGCAUGUUUAAAAUUUGUUAAUAGAUACAGUAUGCCAAAAAUGAAUGACACUGCAUCAUACAGCUGUUUCGUCUUUCUAAGACUCUGGUGAUGCUACCUAGCAAACAUUAAUACGACUAUAUUGAUUGAUGUCUCGUUUCUGUAGAUAAUGAUAUUGUUGGAACGUAUUUUGAAAUGUUGUCUAUGGCAUCCAAAUUAUAAUACUAGAUAUGAAAAUUAAUCGAGUGCAUGAAUUGCUUAAUAAUCAUAUCGCGAUUUAUCGACAGUCAUAACUUUGACAUUACAAAACAGUCGCAGUGACUUAACAGGGAUCAUUCUACCUGAUUUCUUUUUGAAAAAGUAAAUAUCGACAUACUGGAGAAUAAAGGCCAUAGACACAGGCAAGUCAGCUGAUAAAUUGUUUUAAGGUUUUAAAUUUUGAUCUCCAACAUGUGUUUAAAACGCUGAAAUCAACUCCUUAAAUAUAAAACUCAUAUAUUCCUACAAAAUGAUAAUAGGUGGUUACUUUCAAUUUCAUAUCAAGAAAGUGAAAAUUUACGUCACAUAAAUGUCAAGAUCAAUGCUUGCAUUUUCAAAUUCAGUAAAACGAAGAAUUAAAUGGAAAUACGUGUAGCAAAGGAUAACAUGAUGCAGACAUGUAUGUGAAAAAUGAACAUUUAUUUAAAGAAAUGUGAUGAAAUCAUUUAUGUAUUUAUUAGUUGUGCCAUUGUCUGCAACUUAAAACACUAAAUGCUUAACUUGAUUAAGUUUUAUAUCGAAAUAUUGAACAAAAGGAGGAGUACGCUAAUUCGUUUAAGUACCCAUUAUAUAAUGUAAAUUUGUAUGGUUCUAUGCGAAAAUAUAUACAUAUAAUAAAUGCAAAAUAAAUCUAAUUUUCAAAGACAUCACGUGUCAUAAAUGUACCUCGAAAUCAUAGGACUUGUUUUUGAACAUCAUUAAGUAACAGAACAAACUUCAUUGGGUGUGUAUAUAUGUACGCAUCCCUAUAUAAAACAUGUUUGGUUUGAUUUUAUAGAGAUUAACGUCCUAUUAACUCCUCCGGUCAUUUAAGGACGUACCGCCAUAUGUUUUAUGUAUGCGUACUGGAGGGAGGGUUUGUUGGUUAAUUAAAAUUUAACGAGAUAUGUGUUUGCUUAAAAUAAAUGAUAUUG